CUUCCUGUUGGUCGAAGGUCAGUGGCACGAUCUCUAAAAUCUUUGAAAUGGAUAUAAAUUGUGAUAUUUAUAUGGAUAAUGCCAAUGAUUAUGGGUGAGUUUUGAAGAAUUCAUAUACGCGCAGACGUAAUUCGAGCGGGAUAGUUGGAAAUGGCAGUAUACUAGCUAAUUCCAUAGAGCCUUCAUAGGCCAAAGCCGGGAAUGUGUUCUGUGUACUCUUCGAGGGACAGUCAGGUUUUCAAGGACUCCCACUGAAUGGUGCGAAUAUUUGUCUGAGGAUAAGUUGAUUUCAUUCAAGCAACAAUGGAGCUUCACAUGAAUGCAAACAUUUGAAUAAAAUAUAUAUUCCAGCAUAAAGUGACUUUCAGCAUAAGAAUGAAUUUCAAUAUCAAGUUAUAGGUAGUGAAUAUGUAGUUGAAAGUUACAAUAGCAAUACUACUGUUUCAUUAUGGAUGACAGAAAUGGGGAAUGCUUUGAUAAUCAUGAAGAUAUGUUUGGUGAUGGACCAGUAAAUACAUCUGAUCCAGAACAUGAGUGUUUGAAAGAUUUUAUGCUUGAACCAAGAGAUGCUAUUACAAACAUGCCUUGUAGUACAGACAGUGAUAGGGCAGGUAAUGUACUCAGUGGUCAAGAAACUCAGAUGACUCCCCAGAAUGAUUUGGGAAGGGAAGAUCUUUUUGAAAACUGUACAGAUUCUGUUAAUUCCUCUAGUGAAAGGACACAGGAAAGUGAAAUUCCUUUAAAUUGUGCAGAAUUAAUUACCUCUCAGAACUCCUGUUCAAGCAUUACAGAAACCACAAAUUCUGAAGAUGAAAGGAAUGGGAGUUACCAAUUUUUAUCCCCUAACAAUGAGGACCUAACAAAUCUCAGUGAAUCUCUGAAAGAAGAUAAAUUAAGGGACAGUGAAAGUAAUGAAUUCAAAGAAGAGAUAAAGACAGAUAAUUCUUCGGUAGUACAAAAAGACAUUCACAAUGAGAAGACAAGUACAAAGUGUGCAGAUAAUCAGCUAAAUGUUAGUAAGAAGUUGACAGUUGUGUCACAUGAACCCAAAGUGCAGGAGUCACCCAAAAGUGAAAAUGAAAGUCAGGAUGGAGAAGUAGAAAGUGCACAUUCUUCUGAAUGUUUCAAUACGCCAAAAGGAAGGUACACUUCCUCACGAGGCCGCAAACGUAAAGGGGCUGAAACGAUCACGGCAAGGGGACGUCCUCCAGGUCCAACCAAGAAGAAGAAACAACCAGUUACGUAUCAGAGUCAGAUAUCACCUGACCAAAAUGGCAUUAAGAUUCGAAUUAAGAAAUCUUCAGCAUCACCUACUGUGAUUCAGCCCCAUAGGCGAAGAGAACGUGGGAAGAAACGAAAGAGCAAGAAAGGUUCAAAUACUGAGGAUGAAGAAUCUGACAUUGGUUCCAAUAAACAGGUGAAUUGGAUGGAUCAGAGUGUAAGUGAAGAGUCAGAAGCUGAUGAAUUUGGUGAGCAGAGUGACUGGGGUCUCCGACUGCCAAGACAAACACUUUAUGAUAUUUUCUACAUGGUCACCCAAGAGGAAGGAUGUCUACCUUUCCUUAUCAGGAUGUGUCGAGUUUGCAGUCUGUGGCGGGAUGUGGCACUCUCACCUUCUUUAUGGUAUAACAUUGAUCUAGCUAGCCCUUGUGUCAAGGACAAAUAUAAGACUAGUGAAACUGUAAGAUGGCUGUGUGAGAAUAGGCUUGCCAGAGUUCAGGAAUUAAAUGUUGGUGGCUGGAAGUUUACACCUAUAGAACCGGUGUUGGAUGUUAUUUCCAAGUGUUGCCAAGAUCUCCGAGGACUCAACAUGACAGGUUGGAAAGGGCUAAAUUCAGAACAUCUGAAGUUUCUCAUUGCUAAAUGCCCACUUCUCUCACGACUUGAUCUCUCAAGCAUCAAUCCUGAAACCAACCACACACGGAGUGCUAUAUCACUACUUUCAAUAAGCCAUCUCACAAAAACAAUGGGUGAUAGACUGACCCAUCUAAUAUUAGCAAAUAACAGGCUUGCAGCAAUACCUCAGCUUAUAACAGCUAUAGCCGCUCAUUGUCCCAAUUUACAAGUUCUUGACCUGUCAAAUCUUCGAACUGUAGCUCAUACUACAGCCCCACUACACGUUGAAAAAUUGCAAGAAGGUUGCCAGAAACUACGAGUGUUGAGAAUAACCAAUAGUCAGAUUGCCCUUUCAACUGCAACGCUAAAGGAACAGGUUGCAUCCCCUGGUUUUCCAGCUCUGGAGGAGCUGAGUGUAGCUGGUAAUGCAGUGGAUGGAUUCUGUUCAACACCUGUCAUGGAUGACAAUUCUGUUGAAAGAAUCUUGAAAAGUUCUCAUAAGCUGAAGUUGUUGGAUGUGCGGGGAUGUUCACGAGUUUCAGAUUCAAGUUUAGUCAGAGUUCCAGCUUGGGAUUUAGAGCAUCUUUUUCUUUCUGGGUGUUAUGUCACAAGACUGUCUAGUUCAGGCUUGGAGCUGAUAGCACAGAAGUGGAGUCAUAGUUUAAUUGAAGUGGAUCUUGCAUGGAGCACCGCUACUCAGGCUCUGGACCUGGCUGUUACGGCCCUUGCUGAUCAAGGAGCAGAAUCACCUCUCAGGGUUCUGAACCUGUGUGGCUCAUCAGUCAGUCUGAGUCCUGUGAAAGCAGUGUUGCUUCAGUGUCCGCUGCUGGUCUCACUGAACCUAUCAUCAUGCCGAGCACUGCCUCGUGGCAUGAAGAGGCUGUACGAAGGAAAUGAAGUGAAUGAGCUGCGAAGCACAUUUGAGGAAAAGCCAGAAGCUGAUAAGGUUGAUGGAACAUCUCCAAAACAAGAAGAGAUAGAAGCUGAGAACAUUGUUGGACAAAAUGACCAACAAAAUGUUGUGCCAGUGGUAGGAGAAAGUGGUGGCAAUAGUUUGAACUAAGUGGAAUUUGGCAUUUCUUUCAUGAGUAUGGUUGUGUUUCUUGAGUAGCUGGAAAUCUUGUACUAAUGUGCUUUUCAUUUUCUUCCAAUGAUCUUAUUCUAUAAAUACUUGUUAAGAUUUUAAUGAGAUUUUAAAGUAUUAUGUUGGACGGGAAAACUGAUACAUACUCUGUCUGCAAUGGUUCCUGUUAUAAAUACAGAACUGGAGUAGAGUUUGAGAAUGUUUCUCAUAACUGAGCUUUUUCAUUGAAUUUGCCUGUGUGCUUGUGGUUUAAUACAUGCUGUAUAUAAGCUUUAUGCACGUGCACGCACGUACAUGCACGCAUACAAAUAACUGUGUAUGUACAGAAUGUUUUAAAAUGAUAUCUACAGACUUUCAUUGAAUGAAAUAAAUGCAUUUGAAUGAACUAAACCUUUACACAUAUCAACAUUGGCAUGUAGUGAAUUACCAAAUAUGUGUACGUGUUAGCAUUGUGGCACAGUUGACGGCAUUCAGUAACUGAUUGACAAGCUGCCACCAAUGUUGCUGCUGUGUAUAUAUCUUUUGGGAUACAUUUUGUGUGUGUGUCCCUCCUAACUUUGUGACCUCAAAUAACUCUUCUUUUAACAUAUACAAAAAAAUGUUUCAAAUAAAAUGUAUGCAGUGUCUAAUGGGAUAUGCAUUAAGCAGUAGAAUAUUCAUUAUGGAAUCAUUACUUUCAAGUUAUCAAGGUUACUUCCUGGUUUUCAAAUGGAAUCUUAUUUAUUUUUUAAGCCAGAUUUGAGAUGAGUUCGUAUAACACAUUCAUAUUGUAUGAACCGAUACUGAGAUGUCACCACUCAAAGUAUGAGAGACAAAUACAUCAGUAUGUUUUCACAUUCAAAAUUAUAAUAUUCAUGUAAAGUUACAGUAAUAACUGUUCAAAAAGGGUAGCCAUUGGCAUCAAUACACUUCCAGAUGCAUUGAAUUGAGGGAAUUUACAGAUAGCAUAGUUUGAAGUAAUACAGCAAGAGCAUAAGGCUGCAAUAAUGCAUUGUUGCAUUUUUCUGCUGCUGUGGUUGGUGGUUCCUCAAAGAAAAAAAGGGUUAAAUCUCAUGAAUGUGGUGGCCAACCAACAUUUCCACUGUGUCCAGUCCAGUGAUCAGGAAACUGUUCAUGAAGUGUUUGUCUCAGUAUGUGUGCCUAAUGUGGAGGACAACCGUCAUAUCAUACCACAUUGCCAGAUGAAUUUGCAACAGUAAAUAUUCUCUGACGAAAAAGGUGAAAAGCUAGGUACCUGCAUUCUGGUAAUGAUACUUCAAUGAAGUACUGCCGAGGGAUAUGAUCAUCAGUGAUGCUGCACCAGACGUUCACUCCCCAUCACCGUUGAUGAUUGACUUGCCUAAGUCAGUGAGAAUUUUCAACAGACCAGAAAUGUAUGUUCCACAAAUUGACAUGUUAAUCAUUUGUAAAGAAAGCUUGAUCAGUAAAUAAAUCAUUUGUGUGCGUGCGUACAUGUGUGUGUGUGUGUGUGUGUGUUGUAUAAAGCUGAGACACUUAGUCCUAUAUUUAUCUCUGACAUGAUUAUUUUGUAAAAUCAGUUUGAAUAUGUUCACACUUCUAUAAUUUUUUUCCCCUCUGAAUAAUACAUUUAAUUUGUUUGCUCAUACAUUGUUUAUUUCUGUUCAAAAUUCUAAUUCGAAUUGGAAUUUGUUUCACUGAUGGUAACUGUGUAAGCAUAGUAUCAUCCUUAUGGUCAAUUCAUUAUGAUAAAGUGUGAAGGCUGAGGUAUCCCAAGGCAAACACAUAGUUGAAAUGCUCAUGACAUCACCACCAAGCUAUUGGUUGAGUGGUUGACUAUUAUUUUAAUUUUUUCCUACAACAUUAUUUAAAAAUUUGUAGAAGCUUAUCAAAAUAACUUACAAUAUGUGCAUAUGUAUGAGGAAGACUGUGUUAGUGUCACUUAUGCUUUGAAUGUCCACAAUAAGAAUUUAUUAACUGACUCAUCUCUUUGUUUGUAUUGUAAAAAGCCAUCCCAUUACAUGCCGAUGUUGGGAUUUAGGAGAGAGGAGAUAUAGUACCCACUCAUUCUCAGCAUCACCAGUAGAAGGGGGUGAGUGGUCAGCAGCAUGCCCUGGCCACACUUU